AUGUAUCUCUCGCUGAACGGGUUUAGUUGCAGACAAACGAGACCACACUGUGGGGGAAGACGGUUUGAUACGCUAAAUUCAUUUGCAAAUCAUUUACGCAGAGAUCAUCCUCUAGAACCAGACCAGGAAGGAAAUGUUCAGCAAGUGGAUCUCAAUGUAGGAGCAGAGGAGGAAGUUGUUGGCCCAGACCAGGAUAUCAAUGACCAACUUCCACAUGAGGACGUUGAACCAGAACUAGCUGUAUUCGUUCGGUCGUACUGUGCUGGGGUACUAGGAUUUGUUUCAAAACUUUAUGGCUUGCCCCAUGUCAAUCGAGCUCUUGUUAGCAGUAUUUUAAAUUCUGUAGCUGAAUUUUUGAUGUGUGGUCAUUUGGAGUUUCUUGAGACAAGUGUAGAACGUAUUUUCACUCAUGUUGAGGGUCAUGAGCAGGAUAAAAUUAGUGUUAGACAAAUGUUUUCUGUAAUGAAAAACCCUUUCAAUCACCUCAAAACAGAACAUCAGAGAUUUUCAGUGUUAAGUGACUCAUGUCCCUCAUUAAAGCCAUCUCCCUAUUUCAUAGGGCAGCUGAAUAAUGAAAUGGUAAGGAGAGGAGAUGUCAUGCUUCCUGGGCAAGUUGGUGUGAAGGGGCAAGUAGUUCCCCUUCGCCACACUUUAAAACAAUUUCUAGAAUUGCCUGGCGUUCUGCAGGAAAUUCUUCAUCAUAUGGAUUUUUUAAAUAAUGAGGAGCAAGUUGUUUCUAAUGUCAUUCAAGGAACCCUGUGGAGAGAGAGCUCUGAGAAUUUUGGUGAUAAGUUGGUUUUACCCCUAAAUUUAUGUUAUGAUGACUUUGUCCCAGACAACACCCUAAUGGCACAUGGGGGUGACACUGAGUUAGGACCCUUGUAUUGCUCCAUUCCUGUUUUGCCUGCUAAAUAUUUAGGAGCACUUGAGAAUAUAUUUGUAGCCUCUAUAUUUCUGACCAAACAUAGAAAACUGUUUGGGAAUGCUGCAGUCUUUCGGCCUGUCAUUGAGGAGUUACAGUUCCUUUACAAUGAGGGAAUCGAAGUUAUCACUGAAAAUGGUAUGUUUAAAAUAUAUUUCUGUUUGUGUUGCGUGCUUGGAGAUAACAAGGGUAUUAAUGAAAUUUGUGGUUUCUCCAAGAGUUUUUCUGCAAACUUUUAUUGCAGGUUCUGCAGAGGACACAAAACUGUGUUGCAGUAUGAGAUUGUAUGUAAUGCAGAGAUAAGGACUCGUGAUAAUUAUGCUGUUGAUGUGGCAGCCAACAAUUUUCAGACCACGGGAGUACAUGAAGAGUGUGUAUGGAAUGCUGUGCCUAAUUUUCACUGUAGUUCAUCCAUUAGCUGUGACUUACAACAUGAUAUUUGUGAGGGGGACUUAUGGGUUUGUUUGUCACGCAUUUUGUGGUGCUUAAUGUAUGAGCAAGGCUAUUUUGAUUUGGAACUUUUGAAGCAGAGAGUAGAAGGUUUCAACUAUGGUUGCCUGGAGGUGGGAAACAGGCCCCCUUUGCAUAUUUUGACCCGUGAAAAGUUGCAAUCUGAACAGUGCCCUUUCUCAGCUGCAGAAAUGUUAUGUUUUGCAAGAUACCUAGGUGAAUUUGUAGGUCACUUAGUACCAGAAGAUGAUGUUUACUGGCAGUUUUAUGUCUGUCACAGAACUCUUCUUGACGUUUUGUUUGCCCCCUCAUUUAUUCGAGGUGCCGAGAAUUAUGUGGAAGCAAUUAUUCAAGAGCACCAUGCAACAUUUUUAAGGUUGUUCAAUGAACCAUUGAAGCCAAAACAACAUUUAAUGCUCCAUUAUAAAUCAAUUAUGUUAAGAGUUGGGCCUCUCGUUCAUCUGUGGAGUAUGAGGUUCGAAUCAAAGCACAGAGAACUUAAAGACUAUGUUAUUUCAACAAAUAGUAGAAUAGAUUUACCACUUACAGUGUUCAUUAAAAACCAGCUCAGAUUUUGCCAUAGGCUUAUCAGUAAAAGGGGCCUUGCACCUGAAGUCAUAGCAGGUCCUUCUCAUCAAUAUGUUUUUGCUAAUGUUGAGCACUAUUUUGAUUGUAAUGGCCCGGGUGUACCUGAAGAAAAUGACCACUGUAGAGUAGCUUCUUGGGUAAAGGUCUUCAACUCUCCGUUCCAGAAAGGAUUGUGUGUACUUUUAAGAAUAGAAGACAAUGUACCUGUUUUUGGGAGGAUCUCUUCAGUUUUGUUGUCAGACCCCUUCAGAGUUUCUUUUAUCAUUAAUGUGCUGCAACCUAUUCAUUUUAAUUUUCACCUUCAUGCCUAUAUUGUAGAGAGUACAGACAGCCAGAAAAAUGAAUGGACAACCACAAAUUUACCUCAACUGAAGACUGUAAAGGAUCGUUUAGUGGAUCAACCUGCCAAGACAUUUACCAAACAACUAUAUUACACUCAGUAA